AUGGCUCCUCCCGGACCACGAGUCGAGGUCACCCUGAGAGCAACUCGAAUCUGCUUCCUCUCCAAUUCGCCAACCUUCAAUUUUGUCCUCCUACUCACUCUCCAUAAUAGUCCCUUACCAGUGACAUUUCUCAAGGACGGAGCGGAAGGUCUUGAAAAGUUUCAACCGGUCAACUCGGACCAGAUCGUUCAGUGCUUCGACAGCGACACCGGAGAGCAAGUGCACAUCAUCCGUUCAAGCAAAGAGUAUUCAUUCCUGCGACUUGAACCCAAUCGCGGAAACUAUGUUACUUUUACGACGUCCAAGAGUCGCAAAGAUUACGAGAUGCCGUUUGUACUCCACGAGCUGCGUCCGGAUAAGAAAUACAGGCUGUGCUUUAGACCGACAUCAUCUAUCACACACUGGUCGUUUGACGAUGAAAACACUCUAAAUACCACGACAGCCUCCGAAGACAGUGCGACUCCGCUCCCCGACCCCUCACCCACACUCAUCCCAUGGACCAUCGUCUCCAGUCCUUCUAGCCUUAUCUUCUCGACCCGCUCCGCACCCCUCCCGACCCCAACCGCCUCCGUCUCCCUGUCCGCGCCUUCAACAUUCUCGCUUUCGCAAAACCCACCAUUCAGAUACACACUUACCUUCUCCACCAGCGCGCCAAAUCCCAUCAACGUCCUUGCAAUGCGCGAGGCAGUGAGAUCAAGCGACGCCGACAUCGAGCUCAGGGACCCAUUAUCAGGCGCACGUCUCGGACCCGAGAUGCUCGACGACGGGAACGAAGAUGGACCUUACCAUCCCCGUGAUUUCCUUAGACUCGACGGCGCGUAUACGGAGCACAGGGAGUUGGAUCUUACUUCACCUCACUGGCAGGACGUUAAAGGAAAGCUAAGCGUUGGAGAAGAGUAUGUGCUCCGGUAUGUGGGAGGGAAGUGGGAGUGGUGGACGGAGGAUACAAUUGAGGAGGUGAUGAUGUAUGCUGGUGAGAGGGGGGGUAUGGGGCUGACAGAGAGCGGAGGUAUUGAAAUUGAGGGAAGGGAGUGUCGAUUUAGGGUGGUGGAGUAG